UAUUUGUUUAGCCAGCAGCUAGCUUUGUUCACCAGGAUAUAAAUUGGAAAAAAGGUGGAAUCUUAAAAAUAUCUCAAAUAAAAGUAAUUUUUAUUAUAUUUAUUAAUUUUUUUUAAAAAAAUUAUUUCAUAACUUUUAAAAUAAAUUUAUUUCUAUUCUUUCAAAUUUCAAAUAACUUAUAUUAAACUUUAUAAAUAAAUUAUCUUAAUAGAAUUUUAUUUUACUCAUUUUAACAACAACUACCUUAGUGUUUUCUUGAAAAAUGCCAAAAGAAGAUAACAAAUAUUUAGCAAAGAAAGACGAAAAAAAAAACUUGAAAGAAGAUAACAAGUAUUUAGCAAAGAAAGACUAAAAAAAAAAACUUGGUAAGAGACAUUUUAAGUACAAUUAAGGUUAUAAUUUUUAAGAGCCUUGCUAAAGAUAACUUUAUGGUUAGAAAUGACCUGAGAGCUAGAAUUCAUCUUUUCAGCUGCGGGUAGUGGGAUAAAGGCUUGGUUUGUUGUUUUAACAGAAAAUGUGAAUUGUAUAUUUUGCAGAACAGUGUUAAGAGGUGAGUUAUCAUGCUUGCCUGUGCUGUUCCGAGGGAUAUUUCCUACAUAUUGAUAGAAAGUUGUUCUUUCUUUGUUCGUUAUAUAUCUACAAAUGUUAUAUUUUUGUUCUUCUGUCAUCAUAGAGGUUUUCACUAGUAUGAAAUCAAGAUCAAUUAGUUUUGACAGUGGAGAGCCAAUUAUGACAGUAAGUGUCAUGACCCCAACGGUACAUUAGUCAGAGUAUUUAUAUGUAUUAGUUAGUUAUUGUACUUUGCUGUUUUCCCCGUCUGUACCUUUCAGUUGUUCUUAUAAUUGAAAGCCUAAACAGCAUAUAAAUAGGCUAAAUUAGUUAGAUAAUGCCAUUGUGGAAUGAUAAUCUGAAUUUCUUUCAUCUCUCUCUACAAUUCUCUCUUUCAAUCUCCUCAGUUCUUCCUCAAUUCUCUCUGUUUUCUCUUUCUGCUCUGUUUCUCCCUCUAAUUCUGUUCUCUUGCCCCCAGUUUCUUCUAAUUUCUCACUUAAAACCCUAGGUCAACCCUAGGUUCAUUACAUUUGGUAUCAGAGCCAAUGAUUCUUGGCUGUGAUUCCGUCAGUUCCUAGCAGCUGAUCAAAGUUCAGAUUUGAAGGCAAAGCAGAGCAAAGCAAUUCUUGGCUAACAUUCAGGCGCAUCGUAGUUGUAAUUCAGAUAUAGGCGCCUCCUAGAAGCAACUUCUGAAGCAGAUCCAGGCAAUAUUUAUAGGCUGUUUCUCAGCUGUUAAUUGAAGCAGAACCAAGUGAUUUCUGGUGAGCUAGCUGAUACAGAGACGAUUGAUUCAGGAGGCCAACUCUGAUCUUAGGCGACUGUCUGAAUGAAGCAAGCAGCGGAGAUGGAAGGAGAAAAUCAGAUGAAACAAUUGGAAACCAGGCUGGACAAUCUGGAAAUAGGCUUAGGACAGAUUCAGGUGGAGGCGAGUUGCUAUGAGCAGAAAAUGCUGCAACAGUAAAAGGAAUCAAGGAAGCAUGCGCCGCAACAAGAAAAGGAAUCCCAGAAGAAUGCAAUAAAAUAGGCCAAACACUCGCUAACCUCAACCACAAGCUGCAUGACUUUACUAAUUCUGAUGUCAAAAAAAUUUCGUAUCAGCCUACCAGCGGAACUUCUUUCAAGAUCCACUGCAGAACCGAUUCCAGCAGAAGCUGGAAUCCUACCUGAUACCUUCAGUCUGCAAAAAGCUAAUGAAUCAGCUGAAUUGGACAGGUAAUACCAGAUGCCAAGUAAGGAAUGGCAGUUUCCAGGAAAAUCAACGUGACAACAAUUGAGGACAUGGCUGUUGAAGAUAAGGAAAUAAAAGAUGAUGUGAAUUUGGGAAAAGAUAUGAUUACAUCGACUUUGGAUUUUAAAGAUUUUAAGUCUGUUUUCCUUGAAGAAAUAGGUACUCCUCUAAUACCUAAUGACAAUGCAAAGCUACUAGUUGAGGAUCUACAGAAUAGAGCCAGAGAGAAGGAGGAGAAGAAGUUAGAAAGUGUCAACGGCUGGCAAAAGACUUUGUGAUCUUAUAGGCACCACCAAGGAAAUCAUUGGAGAUGAUAUUUUUGGAGCUUUGUCUGAGUACUUGAAGCGAAUCUAUGCUUCUUAAUUGCUACAUCAGCGGGAUAUUGUAGAUAUCUUGGCAGCCGUUGAUGCAGAGGAUUUGGUCUUGGUUUUAGCAGAGGUAAGUAAAGCAGGUACUUCAAGAGAGCUUGAAAUACUUGCCGAACAAAGAGAUGUUGUUUUCUCUUUCAUCCAUAAAAUAAAGCCAAGAAGGAGAAAGAAAAAGAGGCCAAAGAAAAGAGAAAAUAACAAGAAAAGGCAAAGGACGAACCGGAUAGUGAAAAUGGGAAUUAGAUGAAGAAACAAUGGCACUGUAGUUGUAGUUUCUUGGUGACAAGAAACCUCCCGGGGGGGGGGGGGGGGGGGGAUUGUCACAACCCCAGCAGUACAUUAGUCAUAGUAUAUUACAUGUAUUAGUUAGUUGUUGUACUUUGUUGUUUUCCCUGUUUGUACAUUUUAGUUGUUCUAAUAACUGAAAGCCUAGACAAUCCGUAAAUAGGUUAGAUUAGUUAGAGAAUGUCAUAGUGGAAUGAUAAUCUGAAUUUCAAUCAUCUCUCUCUACAAUUCUCUCUUUCGAUCUCCUCUAUUCAUCCUCAAUCCUCUAUUCAUCCUCAAUUCUCUCUCUCUCUCUCUUUCUUUUCUGUUUCUCCCUCCAUUUCUGUUCUAUCUCCCUCAGUUUCUUCUAAUUUCUCACUUAAAACCCGAGGUCAACCCUAGGUUCAUGACAGUAAGCAGUUGUAAAUUUUAUGCACUGGUGAAUUUAGAGUUUGUGCAAUUGUUUGACAUGUGUCCAUGGGUUUGUUGCAAGAAGUUGAAAGAAGGAUACUGGAGUUCUGUGAUCAGAUAUUUUUCUUUGAAAAUUGAAUUUUAAACUAAGGCACCUCCAUUAUUAGGGCAAAGAGAUAAGCGCCAAAUGUGAAUUCUUGAAUAACAUUCGUAAAACCUUCUCUGUUUGUUCCUCAGAAACAUUAGGUAGUAAUUACCAUAAAUUCAUAUAGUGUAGUUACACCAGAAGAAGUAUUCAUAAUUUUCAGCUCUUUUGUUUUGACUGUUUGUAUCUGUGAUGGAGGAUUCCUUGUGUACUUUUACAUCUUCAAACUUACAAAGUUAUUUGGCAUCUAAUGGAUUAUCACCCACACUGCAACAACAACAGUCACAGGCUUGAAUGCCACCAGAAUUACAUUUCAGCCCACUGUUUGUAACUUGGAAGAAAGUGGUGAAUGGUGGGGAGCCUCGUCUACGUGGAUGCAUUGGAACUCUGGAAGCUUAUUCCUUGAUCAGUGGCUUUCGUGACUAUGCAUUAACCAGUGCUCUGAAGGAUCGUCGGUUCCCCCCAAUACAGGCUAAAGAGUUGCCUUAUUUGGAAUGUACGGUCUCCAUUCUGACUAAUUAUGAGACAGGUCUCCACUACCUUGACUGGGAGAUUGGAAAGCAUGGUAUGAUCAUUGAGUUUACUGACCCUGACUAUGGCACUAGGCGAAAUGCCACAUAUCUGCCUGAGGUGGCUGCCCAUGAAGGCUGGACAAAGACGGAGACAAUGGACUCCCUCAUUAGAAAGGCCGGUUACCAUGGCAAGAUAACUGAAUCACUGCGGGGGCAAAUUCGACUGACUCGUUACCAGAGUACGCUCUACACUAUGCAGUACAGUGAGUACGUAGCGUAUGUCAAAACCACCAGAGCUGCUGCUCCUUCUGUGGCCGGAGCCAAGCGGGACGGCCGUUGAUGCUUCGAACCACCCCCAUUGAAACAGAUGAACUUGUCCGGUCUGGGAUAAGGAGGAUCUUUAGCAGGGGAAAAAAAUGUUGGGUUAGUAGGAAUUGAUUUGUUUCUGUUCUGUUCUUCCCUUCAGAAGAAAUUGUUGUUUUGUUCUCUAAUUAUUCUUCAAUUUGAGUUGGCUUUGAAGAGGGCAGGCAUUGAAACUUAUGAGCCUAGAUACACUUCAGUUGCUGUGUUUAUUGACCAAAGUUCAUCUCUGCACGCACUUGCUUUCGUUUUCAAAAGAAAAUGGCCUUUCAUCGCU